CCCACCUAAACAUGGAACCUUCCUUCCUGGAAACGGUCCAGUCCUGCCCGCCUGGCGCUCUGCUCUGUGGAUCUGAGGUUUUACUCCCUCUCUAACUGGGGUCGGGGUGGAGUGCAAUCUCAUUGCUUUCUCCUCUCCUGGCCUCUCUUGUCUUCUCCUGGAGACCCAGGUUAAGUAGCCAGAGGGCCCCGAGGGUCCUCUCCCGCUGUGGGAUUGCAGAGUACUGGGUCCGCAGGCUGGAGAAAAGGACCCAGCCCGGGAUUGCGAGGCAGCGCCCUCCUCGGAGCUGGGCAGCCUCAGGCGCCCUGCCCAAAGCCCAGCAGGGGCGUGUCCGAGAGCUCACCUGCCAUUGGUCAGGUGGGGCCGUCGGCCUCGGGAACUUCCCCGCUAUAAGUUUGGAGCGGGUGGCUGCAGAGCCAGGCGUGCCACAGGAUGGUGGACAGCGUGUAUCGGACCCGCUCCCUGGGGGUGGCAGCCGAAGGGCUCCCGGACCAGUACGCGGAUGGGCAGGCGGCGCGCGUGUGGCAGAUGUACAUCGGAGACACCCGCAGCCGCACCGCCGAGUACAAGGCAUGGCUGCUCGGGCUGCUGCGCCAGCACGGCUGCCAGCGGGUGCUCGACGUGGCCUGUGGCACCGGGGUGGACUCCAUUAUGCUAGUGGAAGAGGGCUUCAGCGUGACGAGUGUGGAUGCCAGUGACAAGAUGCUGAAGUAUGCGCUUAAGGAGCGCUGGAACCGGCGGCACGAGUCUGCCUUCGACAAGUGGGUCAUCGAAGAAGCCAAUUGGAUGACUCUGGACAAAGAUGUGCCCCAGCCAGCAGGGGGUGGCUUUGAUGCUGUCAUCUGUCUUGGAAACAGUUUUGCUCACUUGCCAGACUGCAAAGGGGACCAGAGUGAGCACCGGCUGGCGCUGAAAAACAUUGCAAGCAUGGUGCGGGCAGGGGGCUUGCUGGUCAUUGAUCAUCGCAACUACGACCACAUCCUCAGCACAGGCUGUGCACCCCCAGGGAAGAACAUCUACUAUAAGAGUGACUUGACCAAGGACAUCACAACGUCAGUGCUGACAGUGAACAACAAGGCCCACAUGGUGACCCUGGACUACACAGUGCAAGUGCCGGGGGCUGGCCAGGAUGGCUCUCCUGGCUUGAGUAAGUUCCGGCUCUCCUACUACCCGCAUUGUCUGGCAUCCUUCACGGAGUUGGUCCAAGCAGCCUUCGGGGGCAAGUGCCAGCACAGCGUCUUGGGCGACUUCAAGCCUUACAAGCCAGGCCAAGCCUACGUUCCCUGCUACUUCAUCCACGUGCUCAAGAGGACAGACUGAGUGUGGCCUCAGCUCCCACAAGCCUCCAACCAGGCACUGCUAGGCUCUGUCUGGAAGAUGGGGACCAGCAGCCACACACCAGCCCCGGCCUCUAGAGCAGACUACAGAUGGGGUGCAGGGAUGUGGGCUCCGCAGACGGAGGGGUCAACAAUAUAGUAUGUGCUUUUUUCAGUUCCAGCA